GUUUUGGGAAUCCCAGUGGGGUCUCAUGCUAAAAUUUAGGCAAUGGAAGUGAUAGUUAAGUGCCUAAGUCCUUUUGUGAAUCUAGCCAUAAAAGUUCAAUAUUCUCUGGUAACCAUUUUGCAACCCAGAAACAGGUGUCACCAUAACACCUUCCUGGGAAAGCCAAUUAACAGUUGAAAUCCUAGCUUGGAUUAUUAUGAUCAAUAAUACCAUAAGCCUUAAUCAUGCUGACACUGAUGUUGAAAGCUUACCCAAGGUGGCACUUUAUAAAGGCUGCAGUGCUGAGAAUAGCAUAGCCAGCUUCUGCUCAAAUGUUAAUAAGGAGGUGAAUUUCAAGAGGGGAGCCUCAAAGGAAGCAAAACUUACUUGUAAGACCAAAAAUACCUCUGGAACUGCAACCAUGAAUGGAACAGAGGGGCCAAAUUUCUAUGUGCCCAUGUCCAACAAGACAGGGAUAGUACGGAAUCCAUUUGAGUAUCCUCAGUACUACCUAGCUGACCCGUGGAAGUUCUCUGUACUGUCUGCUUACAUGUUUCUGCUGAUUCUUCUUGGCUUCCCUGUCAACUUCCUGACUCUGUAUGUCACCAUCCAACACAAGAAACUCCGGACACCCCUCAACUACAUCCUUUUGAACCUGGCCUUUGCUAACCUCUUCAUGGUCUUUGGAGGAUUCACCACCACCAUGUACACCUCAAUGCAUGGUUAUUUUGUCUUUGGGACAACUGGCUGCAACAUUGAAGGCUUCUUUGCUACACUGGGUGGUGAAAUAGCUCUGUGGUCCCUAGUCGUCUUGGCCAUUGAAAGAUAUGUGGUGGUCUGCAAGCCCAUGAGCAACUUCCGAUUUAGUGAGACCCAUGCCCUCAUGGGUAUCAUUUUCACCUGGGUCAUGGCCCUGGCCUGUUCUGCUCCUCCAUUGUUUGGAUGGUCUAGGUACAUCCCAGAGGGCUUGCAGUGCUCAUGUGGAAUUGAUUAUUACACUCUGAAACCUGAGGUCCACAAUGAAUCUUUUGUCAUCUACAUGUUUGUGGUUCACUUCCUCAUUCCACUGAUCAUCAUUUCCUUCUGCUAUGGGCGCCUGGUUUGCACUGUUAAAGAGGCUGCAGCUCAGCAACAGGAAUCAGCCACCACUCAGAAAGCUGAGAGAGAAGUUACUCGCAUGGUCAUCAUCAUGGUUAUUGCGUUCCUGAUUUGCUGGGUCCCCUAUGCCAGCGUUGCUUUCUACAUUUUCACCCACCAGGGAUCUGACUUUGGCCCUGUCUUCAUGACCAUCCCAGCUUUCUUUGCCAAGAGCUCUGCUAUCUACAACCCAGUGAUUUACAUUGUAAUGAACAAACAAUUCCGUAACUGCAUGAUCACCACCAUUUGCUGUGGAAAGAACCUGCUCGGUGACGACGACGCUUCUGCUGGCACCAGGACAGAGACUUCCUCAGUCUCCACCAGCCAGGUUUCUCCUGCAUAGAUUCCUCAUGGAAGCUGCUGAUCUCAGAGCUGGCAUGCCUUGUCAGCAAGGAUGCGCAAGUCCCAUUUGCAUGCAUGUAGUCGUGUCCACCAUCACCACCGCCUGCAUGUGAUUCACAGUUAACCCAGCAGAAUGGACUUUUCAGUUCUGAUAAUAGAAAUCAUUUGAACAAGUUUGUACAUAUUUUUUUAAAUUAAAUACAAAGGGCUAGCUCCUCAGCUGGUGUAAAUGUGUGUAUACCCAUUGACUUGUAUAGCAUUAUCCCCAUUUACACUGACCGAGUAUCUGGGUCAUGAUCCUUAGCUUCAUACAGAGGGGCGAAUGUUCUCCUUUCACAGAAUGGAAAAGAUGAGUGAGGCUGCAGCCUUGUGGAUUCAUCCCUACCAUGGCAUCUGUUCUGGAUGAGAACCACAGGGGCCAUGGUUAGGAAAGCCCAUCGUAAAGAGCCAAGAUACAGCAAUCUAGCGGGGGAUGAGGUAUACCCGUGUUACAAAGCUGGGAUCAGUGGGGGUGCAUGAAACCUAGUGAGCACUGGCUAGGGUUGCCACCUCUCUGGGUUUUUACCCGGACAAACUGAUUUUUGGCUUCUGUGACCGAGUGCCAUGUAGAAUUGCCAGGUGCCCAGUUUUUGACUGGAAAGUCCAGUCAAAAAGGGGACCAGGCAGUGUCUGGUCAGAUGUACUGACCAGACACCACAAAUCUGGUUACCGCAAGGCAGGGGAAGGCACCUGGUCAUUAACCCACACCAGCUCCUGCUCAGCUGGGGCCAUCUCCUACCUCCAGGAGGCUCCUUGUCAGGUUGCUGCAGCUCCCGUCCCAGCCUUAGAGCAGAGGGAGCCCAGCUGGGGGAGAUGAGGGGUGGGGGAGAAGAGGGAGGUGGAGACGAUCCAGCAAGUGGUGGGGGGAGGAGCGAACGACAGGGGCGGGGCUUUGGGGAGAACAGGCAGAGCAGGAGCAGGGGUUUGGGGGGGAAGAGGUGGAGAAGGGGCUGGGGAAGAAGUGGAGAAGGGGGCAGGGCCUCGAGGGUCUGGUUACCAGCAGUUAGAAAGGUAGCAACCCUAGUGCCAGUGACAUUUAAGGGGUUACAGUGUGGUAAGAUUUAACCAUUAGUAGCAUCUCUAGAAUAAUCUUCGGGAGGAUUCUGGUCUUUCCCCUGCUGCACACACAAACUCCCCUGCACACAACCAGUUAGCUAUGCGGUACACAAGGAAUAGGAUUUGAACCGUAAGCAACAGCUGAUUUGCAGUGUCUUUUCCGUAGCAUGUGACAUUAUAUUUCCAUGGUAACAUAUAUAGUCAUUUGGCUUCUCCCUGACUCCUCCUACAUGUCCAUAGACCACACCCCUAUAGUAUGAGCUCUUUAUGGUUCUCCUGUGGUUCACCUACCAAUUUUCAGCUGUAAUUUGAUUUGGCGUCACACCAAGUAAGAGGUUUUGGCCAAGGCUUGUGCUUUUUGAGGAUUGAUUGGUGGCAAAUUGCUACGCUUUUCUUCAGUUCAUAGCAAGCAAGCCAGGGGAGCAUAUGGCCCAGAGAUUUCAACAUAUGUUUAAAGCGCUAAAAGAUGGCAUAAUGCAAUUGUACCAAUGUUCUUUAUUUUUAUUUUUAGCUCAGUUAUACAAAUAAGAUGUUUUUCUUGCCCUUCUGUUAUCAACAUUUGAAACUAUUCUUGUAUAGUAUAUCUUCUCCGAUUUCUAAUUCUAUGCAGCUUUGCAAGAUCUGAUAGAGAAGGUCUAUAGAAACUAUGCAAGUUAAACCUUUAAUAAAGAGCAAUUUGCAAGUACAAGUCUCUCGUUAUUUAUUUUUAAUUGAUGCUUCUACAUAUUCAGUGAAAUCUGAAGAUCAAAGGUUCAUGAUCAUUCAGUUGUUAGGUUGAAGGCUCAUUCAUAUGCUCAGAAUCUGAAAUAUUUUUUUUGGUAGGAAAGAAAAGGAAGGGUUUUUUUGUUUGUUUUUUUUAGUUGUCCAGUUAUACUUUCCUCUACAGGAAUAAUGGAAGAGCUUAGGAUGGCUGACAAUAAACCUUGCAGUUUUGACAGAGUCAUGGGGCUGCUGAUAUAUCCAAGGGAGCAGAGGUGGUUACUCUGAGCUGUUUUUGUGUCUGAUUAAACACAUCACAUCUAGAGCUGGAGGAGAAAUAGUUUCCCUGGCCCAUGAACCUUUUUGAGAUUUCGAACAAUUUUCCUAGCCCCAAAAGGUCAAACUCUUGAACAUUUUCAUGAACCAAAAAUUGAAGAAAAAUUCAGUGUUGGGUCAAUUGAAAUAUUUCAUUUGAUAAUUUCAAAGCAUUUUGUUUCUAUUUUGACUAUUUAAAAUUUGUUACAAGUUUUUUUUUAGCUUUAAUUAGCUUGAAUGUGGAAACAAAAAGCCAUUUUCAAACCAGGAAACUGGAAAUUUUUGUUUCAAAAAUGUUGAACCAGGAGUUUCCAACAACUUGGAAACUUCUUUUUUUCAAAACAUUUUUUGAAUUGAAAACGUUAUCUGAGCUGACUCUUUCCUGAGGGAAGUUUUGGCUUUGAUGAAUCAGCAUUUUUUGGAUGAAAAAAACAUUUAAUUAAUAAUUUCCCAGCCAGCUCUAAGCACACCUUCUUCUGUCAUGACUCUGCUUUUCUGAUUUCAUUAAGUGGUUCUGCUCCAACGUUAACUGGAGAGUUUAGUUUCUUUUGCUCAUAUUGAGACAAAUAUUUUUGACGCGCUAGCAAAUACAGAGAUGAUAUGGCCCUAAUUCUCAGGUAAAUUGUUUAUUCCUCCAAUCAGAGUGAAGUUAACAACAGCAUCAGGUAGCCAACUCACCGCCAUGUUUAGCCACAGAACCACCUGGGUCACAGCAGUGUAGCCUUCCCCUAGCCUGCUCUAUAUAUGUGCCCUGGCACUGGCCUGGACGGACGGCUGGAAGGGGUAAAAGAGUAAUUCAGUCACCAUAGUUCAUGCAAUUACAGGAGUCUCUGUUGAUGUCACUUCCAGUUGUGAUGGGCGUGAUUUUGUGAUGUGGACUCAGCCCAUCACCUUUUUUUCAUACAGGCCUCCACCAGCCAUCAGAUGGUAAUUCCUGCCCUAGCACAGGUUUGAAUCGGCAACCAAAUGUGAAAGG